GGCGACCAUUCACCAACUUCGAAGUCACAGUUCGCUCGUGUGCCCUUUAGACCCUUUGAAACUUGCGACUGUCAUGAUAUAGUCGCAUUGAAGCUCGCCAACCCAAAAUGUGGCGGGACCGCACCAAUCUCUUUAUAUCCUACCGCCAGUCCUAUGCGCACCACCCCCAGAAGAAGACACGCUAUGGCGGAUCUAGCUCGAAUGGCUUCGGCGACGGCAGACGCAUGUCGGAGGAGCGGCAAGGGCUCAUGUCUAGUAGUGCCUACGAAGAUGACGGCGAUGCGGUGAUUGAGAUGGACCUGCUGCCUCCACGAUGGCUCGACGUGCAGGAUGAGAUCACAGACCAGCUCGCAGAGAUAGCGAAACAGACGCGCAAGCUCGACCAGCUACACCAGAAGCACGUGCUUCCAGGCUUCGACGAUGAAGACGUGAAGAAGAGGGAGGAGCGCGAGAUCGAGCAGCUCACACAAGAGAUCACAAGAGGCUUUCAAAGAUGUCAGCAGGCUAUUAAGAGGAUAGAGAUGAUGGUGCGCGAAGCAAAGCAGCAAGGCAACAUCAACCAGGGCGAAGAGGUCAUGGCACAAAACUUGAAGAUCUCUCUGGCUACACGUGUCGGCGAAGUGAGCGCAAUGUUCCGUAAGAAGCAGUCUGCGUACUUGAAAAAACUCAAAGAUCUCGGUGGCUUUGCCUCGCCUUUUCGAUCUGCAACGCCCGUACAGAACCCCUAUAACGACCCUGCCAUGCAAGAAUCAGACGCCGAUCGGUCAUUUGCGCAAUCCACCUCUCUUCAAACGAAGCAGCAGCGAACGCGCCACGACCCGAACGAAGCCAUUAUCGCCCAGCGUGAGCGCGAAAUCGAGGAUAUUGCACAGGGCAUCAUCGAGCUGGCAAACAUAUUCCAGGAGCUACAGACAAUGGUCAUCGACCAGGGCAGUAUGCUCGAUCGCAUCGACUACAAUGUAGAGAACAUGUCAAGAGAUGUUAAGGAGGCGGACAAGGAGCUGAAGGUAGCUUCAGGCUACCAGAAGAGGGGCAUCAAGAGGAAGAUUAUGUUACUGCUAGCGAUCCUGAUUGCAGGCGUCUUCAUCUUGCUCUCACUAAAGUUGGGUACCAGAAGCAGCAGCUCGCCUGCGCCGGUCCCUCCAGCAGUGCCAGACGAAGAUCCACCGAUGGUGGCAUUACGGAUCAAACGUCAACCUUCGGCAUUGCCAACAAGUCGUAAGUGGCAUCGACGGAAAAGGCGACUAUGGAAAGGCUUGACAGAAGAUGCACGCAACCUUUAAGGCUUCACACCACCCUAGAUAUCAUCCUAAUGCAGCGAUGUAAGAUUUGUUCAUUUUUCUUCAACAG